GAUCGCUCCGCGUCAUGCGUCUUUACUGUCAUCAACCUUCAUCAGCAUUUUGACGAAAGCAAUCGAAAAGAGCGGCCGCAGUUCAAGAUAAACUAAUUAAAGUUCAAUUCGACUUCAAGAACAUCACAUUGCAGUGUUAUAAAUUAAAGUGCCACCAGUUAUUAUUUCUUUUAAUACACGUAAAUGCUUAUAAAUUUUUUAUACAUGUGUGUUUAUAUGGAUAGAUAUUUCGUUUCGUAGUGAAUUCAUUUUAUGCGAUUUGGUGUGUUCAGUGUCAUAUUCUAUGUUGUGUUUGAUAUUAUGUGUAAACGCGGGAAGGUUAUCAAAAAAUUGACAUUAGAGUGAGAUGCAAAUAUGAGGUUAUUGGUGUUUGUUUUUAUUUUAAGUUCAUCGUUAUCAAAAAUUGAAUCCUCGUUCCAAGGAGAAGUCUGUAACGUAAACAACAAGCCUGGAAGCUGCAAGUUGCUCUCACAAUGUGCUGCUCUUGUGAUCGAAAUCAAACAAGCAGGCACGCCAAUGCCAACAUUUAUGAGGCGAAGACUCCAGUCGCUCGGCUGCGGUUUUGACAACGAAGAACCACUUGUAUGCUGUGAAACACCCUACACAAAUGUAAAUACACAAUUUAAUUUCAAUAAUGACAGAACAAACCAGCAGAAACCAGAUUUAUGGGGUACUAUCACAGAGAGACCAUUUAACACACAAAGGCCCACCUUCGAUGUUAAUAAAAGGGGUCAGAAUGAUAACAGCAUAGUUGAUCAAAUCCCUGAUGUAAGGAACCACCCGAAUUUAAGAUUACUCCCCAGAGACUGUGGUUCAAUAGAGUCUGAAAGAAUAUUUGGCGGGAAUCGGACGUCGUUGUUUGAAAUGCCCUGGAUGGUGUUAUUAUCCUAUAGAUCAGGCCGUGGCACAAAAUUGAGCUGUGGGGGUACGCUCAUAACGGAACGGUACGUCCUCACCGCCGCUCAUUGUGUUUCAUUCCUCGGCAACAAACUGCAACUAGAAGGCGUUAUACUCGGUGAAUAUGAUAUUAGACAAGAUCCAGAUUGCGAGAGAAUGGACGGCGAAUUAAUUUGCGCUCCUCCUGCUAGGAACGUGACAAUUGAUAGAAUUAUUGCACAUCCUAGCUAUUCUCCACAAACGUUGUUUGAUGAUAUUGCAUUGAUAAGACUGUCGGAGCCUGCUGACUUUUCUUUGGAUAGCAUGAAGGCCCUUUGUUUGCCAACAACACCAGAGUUACAGAAUGAGAGACUAGAAGGUUUAAAAGGAAUAGUGGCUGGCUGGGGAGCGACUGAGGAUGGAUUGCAAUCACCUGUACUUCUCAGUGUUGCCCUGCCAAUAAUUAGCAACAGGGAAUGUCAAAAUAUUUUCAAUGAGUCACCGCACAUUUAUGACCGUCAGCUUUGCGCUGGGGGUGUUCAGGACAAGGACUCGUGUGGGGGGGACUCCGGAGGGCCCCUCAUGUACCCUGGUCGGACGGGUGACGUCGGAAUUCGAUAUGUCCAACGGGGAAUUGUGUCUUAUGGCUCCAAGAGAUGCGGGAUUGGGGGCUAUCCAGGCGUUUACACUAGAGUCGCUUAUUACAUGGAUUGGAUUUUAGACAAUAUAAGUUGAGAAUUGAAAAUGACAAUGAUUAAAGUAUUAUGUGAAUACGUGACGUGAUAUGUAAGCUUAAGACUAUUAUCAGUGAAUAUAUUAUAUUUCAAUAUAAUAAAAUAUUUAUUGCUAU